AAUCCCUCGGUCCCUCACCAUUUUUCCCCAAAUAUUCGUUCAAAAAUGUCCCGCUUGUUGUUUUACCUGCUCUUCUCCUUUGCUAUAAUAAUACCAACCCUUUCUCCGUGGAUCCUCCACUGGCUGCCGCCAUGGCGAAGCAGCACAAAGCCAAGAAGCCAGAGAUUCUAGGGAAGGGGAAGGUCACCCCCGUCCAGAUCGCCUUCAUUGUGGACCGCUACCUCGCCGACAACAACUACACCGCCACCCUCUCCGCCUUCCGAGCCGAAGCCUCCGAUCUCUUCUCCAAAACCAAGGGUAAAGAGGUGCCGAAAGGGUUGUUGGGCUUGGGGGAGAUUCUGGACGAGUACAUAAGCUUGAAGGAGCAGAAGGUGAUGGUGGAUCAGGAGAAGCGGAGGGUGGAGAUGGCGUUGCAGGGCAUGCAAGACGUGAUGCGGGCCUACCACUCUUCUGGAAAUCCCGCUCUCCCUCCUUCUCCUCCUCUCCUUCCUUCUCAGUUUAUGGCAACGCCAAUGGCGUCAGUUCUUCCGGCCUUAUUGCAUACUAGUGGGUCUCCUCCAGGUCAUGCGGUGGUCAGAAGCCCUGUCAUGAAUACUGCACAACAGCCCAUUGUGCCUCCACGUAUAGAAACAGAACCUAACAAUAGUUCAACUCCAAUACAUAAUUCUUCAUCUGCUAACAAGAGGAAAGCUUCAAAGUCUGCUUCCAAGGUUCCUUCAGCUCCAAAGAGAAAGCGGACUGAACCAUCAACUAAGUCCUCCAUGGUAGAAGAUAAUGUGCUGAUCUCAGAUGUAACAUGCACUAACAGUAGUCACGAGACACAAAAAUCAGCUGUUCAGUUAACAUCCAAUUGCCUGAUGAUUAAAUCUCCAGCUCAAGGAUAUUCUGUUGCAAAGAGCUUAUUCAAGCAAUCACCUGAUUCGCAAACCAAUUCUUCCCCUAAAACCCCUCCACAAGCACUUCCUUCUCAACCUGACAAAUUUGUCACUCCACCAGAACAGCCAUCCUUUCAAAAGACUGGUGUGAUCAAAUCUCAGGAAAUCGCUUCGUCCAAAAUAUCCUUAGUUGCUUCUGAAACUAUCAUAGUCAGCCCUCUCAAGGGUGCAGGUUAUUAUGCUGUUGAGAGGAGCUACCAUAUUACUUCGCCCUACAAAUCAAGUCCAAGGAAGCUGAGCAAAAGAGAGCAUGUAAAAGGGAAGCUGGAUUUUGAAGAGCCUGAUGUACUGGUACCAAUGACUUCAGCAAAAACAGUUGUUGCCGAUGGUUGUAUCUCUUCAACAGAAGCAGAAAUGCCAGGAAGUUUUGACUUUGAACUUCCAGAUUUUGAUAUCUUAGAUGGUGAUUUCUCCUUCUCUGAACUUCUAGCCGACAUGGAUAUCGACUUUGAAAGGAUUCCAUCUUGCCAGCUACACUCUGGGGAUUCAAUUUCGGGGCCCGGGAAUAAUUUAAGCAGUGAAUGUCUAGAAACAAAUCAGACAUUACCUGAUUCUAGUCUGUCAACAUCAAGUGUUCUUUCAGAGAAGGAAAUGAGCAUUCAAGAUUAAGAUGCAUGCUAUUUUGAAGCAAUAAGCAUUACAGAAGUCUUUGUUGGGGAAGGAGAAGAUGUCCAAUACUUUGACUGAUGAGCAGAAGGAUAUGGAUGAAAUAGUCCUUAUUGUGAUUCCAUUGUGCUUGUCUGAUGAGGGUUUGCAGGAAGUCUCCAAUGAGAAGGUGACUGCUGGUCUGUAGCUCAAGUUGGAGUCCUUGUAUGUGAUAAAAUCCCUUACCAACAAAUUGUAUUGGAAGCAAGGUUUGUUUAUGCUGCAUAUGGUAGAAGGUAUAUUCAUUAAAUCUCAUGUUGUUGAGUUUAACUCCAUGAUUAUGAAUAUAAAGAACAUUGAUGCCUAAAUUGAUGAUGUCAAGUGUAUGCGGCACUUGAGAUUUGCCCUUCAGGGCUUAUAUGGAGAAGGUGGAGAGAUGUUUUAUUAUUCUGUGGUGUAGCUUGAUGAAAUAUAAGUCAAGGUGGAGAUUUGUUUAGUGUGCCUUGAAUUUUUUAAUUUAUCCCUCUAUUUGGAAAAUCUGGAGAAGCAUUGGCAACAAAUGUGCCAUGGCCCAUGUUGGUUGUGCUUCUUGCUGCAUAGGAUGUGAGAUUGGAGUCCAUGGGCACACGUGCUGGCUGUAUGGGUUGCGGGACCUGAGCCCAAUUUUUUUUGAUAUGUAUGUAUUUUUGUUUUGUUAGGAAAGUUUGAGACUAGGGUGCAUUGGGAUUAGGGUUUUGUU